AUGAGCGACCUUGCCCAUAAAACAGCUUUAGUAACAGGAGGAGGUUCGGGGAUUAACCUAGAACUCGCAAGGGCUCUCAGCGACAAAGGAUGCGCUGUCCUUAUCGCCGACAUCUCACUGACUCCCAAUGCCGCAGCAUGGCUAAAGUCUCUUGGAAACCAAGCCAACCCCAAAGUGGUAUUUCACAAGACUGAUGUAACAUCACUGGAACAAUUGGUCGAGCUGUUUGAGGUCUUCAACAAGAAGAUCGGUGGAGCACCUGAUAUCGUAGUGCCUGGCGCUGGCGUGUACGAAGGGUCCUUUCCUGGGUUCUGGGAUGAUAAGGACGAAACACUCAACUACAAGCUUUUCGACAUCAACCUGCUGCAUCCUCUCAGAAUGACACGGAUCGCGAUCAGGAAGAUGCUAGAGGUCAAGAAGCCAGGCACCAUCCUUCAACUGUCAAGCAUCACAGCCCAAAAGCCCUCUGUUGUUCUUCCACUGUACUCUGUAUCGAAAGCUGCUAUCAGCCAAUUCGUCCGCUGCAUGGCACCGCUGGACGACAUGUGUGGCAUCCGAGUAGUCGGCGUUGCUCCGGGGUUGGUUGACACACCGCUGCUGCGUAAUAAUUCGGGAGCACAGAAUCACGUUGAUCCGGCUCAAGACUUCUUGCUGCCUACUGAGGAAGUCGUAAAGGCGAUGAUGGCGCUGAUUACUGAGGCCAAGUACGCUGGGGGGACGGUUUUGGAGGUUGGUGAUAUCGGCAGUUGGAGGGAGGUGCACAUAUUGGGAGAUGCUGGUCCCCAGGGCCGUUCAACUCGCGAACGAACCAGGACAACCGAUGCCACGGCGAAGCUUGCAGAGAUGUUGCUAGGAGACGAGAAGAAUGUUUUUGGGUCUUCUAAGCUAUAA